UUAACUACCGCUGGAAAUCUUCCACUUUCCUAUAAACGGUCAUCGCUCCAGCGGAGUCAGGUGUUAUGUAGAGAAGGGACGUAGCAGAUAGCCGGUAUCAGGAUGAACUCGUCAACAGAAACUCUCAACAUCCCAAUGGCAAACACAAGUCUAUCGUCAGCUAUUUUGUUUGAUAAUAUGACUUCCGGUUCAAACGGAACGACUACUUCCGGUUCCAAUUCGGAGCUAUCUAUAUACGACUAUGGAGAGUAUUGGGCCGCGCUCUACAUAAACAAAUAUUACCUAUAUGUCAUUGUGGCGAUCGGAUUACCAGGCAACCUUGCAGCUGUAGUGACGAUUUGUAAUAUGCGUCCACUGACGUCAUCAUCGAUGUAUAUGGUUGUUCUGGCGAUCGUUGAUAGCGUGAACCUCGCUUUGAAGAUUCUUUACCUUCAGUUGACCUUACACAAUGUGCAAAUGGGUCACAAUGGCUGCAAGGUCAUGUUUUUCUGUGGGACAUUCUUUAUGCAUUAUGCCAACUGGAUUCUUGUUGCUAUGACCAUUGAACGUUUCCUUGCGAUUUGGCUACCCCUAAAGGUGUCGGAACUGUGUACGAGGUCACGCGCGGCAUUGGUGAUGGGACUGAUAGCUGUACCUCUCUUAGGGCUCAACCUCCACUUUUUCUGGUCUACACUUGAGGUCUGGGACGACUACUAUUCCUGGGAUUGCCAGUUCCGGACAGAAUUUCAGUACUUCAUGACCAAGUUGUGGUAUUGGAUAGAUGGCGCUGCUUACAGCCUCAUCCCUUUCAUCGUCCUCGUCAUCUUCAACAUCCUCAUCAUCGUCGGCAUCAAGCGAGGGCAUCGUGGAAUUGUCAGUAAGAUCGACAAAACUCGAAUGACGGAGAAAAUGAAACAACAACACCAAAUCACGGUCAUGUUGGUGACGGUGUCGUUGGUUUUUGUUAUUCUUACGAUGCCCAACUGUGUCUUUUUCAUAUUCCAAAACUAUUGGGAUUAUACGGCGACCUUGCACGAGUACGCCCGAUAUUUCCUCUUCUAUCAGCUCGUUUUCGUCCUGUCUGAUUUCAAUCACGCCAUCAAUUUUUAUCUUUACUUCCUCAGCGGCAAGAAGUUCAGAGCCAAGUUUCACGCCAUUAUUUGCAUCUGCCGUCGAAAACAGAUCAGCCGACGAUUCGGAACAACCAUCUCCCACAUCGCGUCUACUCGGAUGUCAGCCACGGAGAUGACAAACGGACAUUCUCGGAGGCCUUCCGAAAGACCAGCGUCGCCAAACAAUCGAACGAAUUCGACUGUACCAAAAUUAAACAAUAUAUGUGAAUCGAAAAACGAAAAUGGAAAACUUACGGAUAACGAAUACAUGUAAAUGUUGCUUCAUUUUAAUGUUUAUCGAACCAAGAAGGCCAUUAAGAACCACUGGCGGUGAUAUGUAAAUACCAUAGGGUUUAGUGGAAAUAAUUUGCUGGAUUUAACAUCAAUUGUGUUUCUACAGCAAAUGUGAAAUUAACAUCAUAUUGUGUGACAGAUGUUGUGGUAGUAAAGGCGAUAUAACAUUUUAGUAGAAUGGGCCAUUCGAUGUAAGUAGAGAACGGAAGGGGGGCACUGUUUGCUCACUGACUGCGCAUGACCAAAAUAGCGCGCAGUAAUCUUCCUAAUGGUUAGUCCAAGGCAACAUGUGAUACACAUUGUUUACAUGUGUUUAGUGUAGUCUGUGCGCGUGCGGCCAAAGCAAAGAACAGCUGGCAAGCUGGAAAAGGACAAAAAUAGAAUUGCGUUGGCAAGGAAACAUAGGAAAGAUCUUGUGCCUGCAAAUCUACCACAAUAGGUGGGUGUUAUUCGACUCCCAAUGCAUCAAUUAUUCAUCACAAUUGGUAUGUAACAUAAAUUUAAUGCGUUUUGAUUGGCUGAAACAGUGACCUUUGACCGAGAAGGCCGCUUCACGCUGUCGGGCAAUUAUAAGCCUAAGAAAGGAGUUCGCAAUCGAUUUUGUGAUCAUGAUUUUUAUUUUAUCAAUUUAUUGUUUUGAAAAUUAAUAGAUUUGUUAAUCACUUGUCAUGAUAUGUAUUAAAUUACAACACUUCAUCAUAUUUCUGAAAUUGUCUGUUUUGCCUAUUAAUCAGCGGCAUUUCAAUACAGGUCAUAUGUUUACGCCCCAACUGGUAUCGCAAAAAAAACGCACGUUGGUAUAGAAUCAUGGAAUAGCUUGCUUUUGUUGU